AUGGAGUCCAUCACAAUGAUGGGAAGUCCGAAGAGUGUGAAUGACUCUUUCUUACCCAAUGGCACAAAUGGCAUCAAAGAGGAAAAAACUACAAUAGGCAUCCUAGGCAGUGGAGACUUUGCCAAAUCCUUGACCAUCCGGCUUAUAAGGUGCGGUUAUCACGUGGUGAUCGGAAGCCGGGAACCAAAAUGUGCCGCCGACUUUUUCCCACAUGUGGUGGACGUGACACACCAUGAGGAUGCCAUUUUGAAAGCCCACAUCAUCUUUGUAGCAAUACACAGAGAACAUUAUUCUUCAUUGUGGGACUUAAAGCAUUUACUAAGCGGGAAGAUUCUGGUGGAUGUGAGCAAUAACAUGCGAGUGGACCAGUACCCGGAAUCCAACGCCGAAUAUCUGUCCUCACUCUUCCCAGACUGCUAUGUGGUGGUUAAAGGGUUCAAUGUCAUCUCUGCAUGGGCAAUGCAACUAGGCCCAAGGGAUGCCAGCAGCCAAGUAUAUAUUUGCAGCAAUAACGUCCAGGCGCGCCAUCAAGUCAUAGAGCUUGCCCGUCAGAUGAACUUUAUUCCAAUUGACAUGGGGACAUUAUCUUCUUCCAGAGAGAUUGAAAACUUGCCUCUCCGUCUCUUCACCCCAUGGAAGGGUCCUGUCGUGGUAGCCAUCAGCCUGGCAACUUUCUUCUUCAUCUAUUCCUUCAUCAGGGACAUCAUUCACCCAUAUAUAAAAAACCAGCAGAGCGACUUCUACAAGAUUCCCAUAGAGAUUGUGAAUAAGACCUUACCAAUCGUGGCCAUCACUCUUCUGUCGUUGGUGUACUUGGCGGGGCUCCUGGCUGCGGCUCACCAGCUAUAUUAUGGCACAAAGUACCGACGCUUCCCGCACUGGCUGGAGAACUGGUUGCAGUGUCGGAAACAGCUGGGUCUGCUCAGCUACUUCUUUGCAGCCGUCCAUGUGGUCUACAGCAUGUGCUUGCCUAUGAGACGGUCCGAGCGCUACUCAUUUCUCAAUACUGCUUAUCAACAGGUUCAUGGUAACGUGGACAACUCAUGGAAUGAGGAAGAAGUGUGGAGGGUGGAAAUGUACAUCUCAUUCGGCAUUAUGAGCCUUGGAUUGCUCUCCUUGCUGGCGGUGACUUCCAUCCCUUCCGUCAAUAGCGCCUUAAACUGGAGGGAAUUCAGCUUCAUUCAGUCUACUCUUGGCUAUGUGGCUUUGCUAAUCAGCACCUUUCAUGUUCUAAUAUAUGGCUGGAAACGAGCCUUUGAAGAGGAGAACUACCGCUUUUACACUCCGCCAAACUUUGUUAUAGCGCUGGUCCUCCCGACAAUAGUCAUCCUGGGCAAGAUUGUGCUACUGUGCCCGUGCGUUAGCAAGAAGCUCCGUCUCAUUAAAAGAGGAUGGGAGAAGAGUCACUUUAGGGAGAACAAAAGCAACACAGCGGCUCAUGUCUCCCCUGAGAGAGUCACAGUGAUGUAA